ACAAUUCCAUCAUAAAAAACCACUCUCUCUUUCUCUCUCUCUCUCUACCUCUCAUCCAUCCCACCAUUAAUCAAUCAAUCAAUUAAUUAACAAAUCCCUCAGAUCAGAUCAAAUCAUAUAAUUCAAUCAAUGGGGUUUAAAUCAGCAGCUGCAGUUUACUGUGUGGUGCUCUUGUGGGCACUGAACAUCAAUGGCGACGGCGGCGUAGAGGUGGCGACGGCGGUGACUUGCAACCCAAUGCAGCUGAGCCCCUGCGCGCAGGCGAUCAUGUCGUCGGAGAACCCUAGCAAGCUGUGCUGCCAAAGGGUGAAGGAGCAAAGGCCGUGCCUUUGUGGCUACAUGAGAAACCCUAAUUUGCAGAAGUUCGUCAAGUCUGCGGGGGCCCAGAAAGUGGCUAGCUACUGUCGCACCCCUUUCCCCAAAUGCUGAAAUCCAAUUUAAUUUGAUUUAAUUUUCUGCAUUAUAUUUCGUCUGUGUUUAUGUAUGUGUGUGUGAUUAUCAUAUAUAUAUACAUACAACAUAUCAUAUAUAUAUAUAUAGAGAGAGAGAGAGAGAGAGAGAGUGUGUGUGUGUGUGUGUGUGUGAAAGAGAGAGAAAAGGAAUGUUUAUUAUGGGUUUGUAUGGUUGGUUGCUGUAUCGUGGCUCGAUCUGCUUUAGUUAAUUAAAUUGUGUUUGUUUCAAGUGUUGA